AUGACGCGGGCGAUCGGUGCCCGACAGACGGUCCUCGCGCGCGGACGACGCGCCGAGGGUAAGACUUUGAACCGCGCGCGGAGGUCCUUUCGCGUCCGCGCGGGCGCCGGUGAGACGGAUGGGAACGUGAAGUUCGCGAAUAAUAAGGCUGAGUUUGACGCCGUCGCCGCGGAAGCCGGCGACGGGUUGAUCGCGGUGCAAAUCUCCACCAAGACGUGCGGACCGUGCAAGAUGAUCUACCCAACCUUUGUGGGACUGUCGCAAGAGCUGCCAAAGGUGACUUUCGUGAAGAUCAUGGGUGACACGGACUUGGAUUCUCGUGCGUUGAUGAAGGAGUGGGGUGUGCGCGUCGUUCCUCUUUUCAAGCUUUUCCGUAACGGCGAACAGGUUGGUGAGUGGAGCGGAGCGAAGGCGGACAUCCUCAAGCAAAACAUCACCGACGCGUUGCAACCGCAGGAUAAGUGA